AUCAGGCCACCGCACACAUGAUUGGAGGUUGGGUCGUGACGACUUGAUCAGGGAGAAGCAGAAUAUACUUUUUAACCAGUUGAAAUACGUUUAUUGAAGUUGCAGUAGAAUGGAACAGGCUGACGAAUGGGAGCUAGAACAGGAUUCUGGAUAUGAUAUUGAGUUGUUUGUAAAUGCCCCAGAUCCUGAAUUCAUCUGCACUGUCUGUCAUGGUGUGCUCAAAGGUCCUGUGGAACUCUGCUGCCAACAUGUCUUCUGCAAAAGCUGCAUUUCAAAUUGGCUUGCAAGGAAGCAGGAAUGUCCAUAUUGCAGGAAAAAGGUGAAAGGUGUGACUCGAUCUGUGAUACCAAUGAUUCACAACAUGAUUGGACGAUUGAUAAUGAAGUGUGAAAACAAAGUCUAUGGUUGCCGGUACACUUUCCCACUUGAACAGUACAAAAACCACAAGGCAGCUUGUGAAUUUAGGAUAGUGAGCUGCAGGUAUGAAGGCUGUGCCACUGAAAUCUUUCAUAAGAACAUUACUGCUCAUGAACAAGUUUGUGAACACUGGAACCAGCCAUGCAGGAUGGGAUGUGGUGUCCAACUUACCCGGAAUCAGCUAGAGGAGCACAACUGUUACAGGGACGCAAAAAGAAAAUACAAAGAAAAGAUUACAGUUCUCAAAAGGCGCUUAAGUUGUAUGCGCCGUCGUCUAAAGUUAGUUGAAGGAAUUGUGCAGAGUCUGACUGCAGGCAAUCAUGUGCAGCUUUUGGAAUCUUGUGUCUGCAGAGAUGCUGAUAUAUCAGGUUUGCCCACUGAAAGCCAGGAAAAAGGUGGCAGCAGCAACAACAUAUUUGAUGCCUUGGAAUACAGUGAAAAUGAAAGUCAGUACUCUUGCAACUCUGCAUCUACUUUGGAAAAGGCAGAUGAGCCACCAAUGGAAGAUGGAUCAACGAUUCAAACUGAUGUCAACAUGGAUAAGGAAAAUCCAGAAGGCAAAGUACCACAGCUGCUGGAAAUAUUCGGGUCAGGCAUCAUCUGAUGAAGAGUUGUGCUUUGGGUUGAUUAACUUCAUGUCUUCUGCAAUUUCAAAAUUUCUAACAUUCCCAGUUCGGAUGGGGAAUGGUAGAGAGAACAAAAAUUCUGUGAUAGGAUGAAGACCAGGAUAGUGAGUGACACGAGUAGUACUGCUGGCUGAAAGAGCCUGAUUAAAAAGUUGGUAAGAAAAACUGCAUCUGCAGAAGAUGUUACAAGGAGAUGAGUUAAAGUUGAAUAGCAGAAGAGGAGAUUUUUUUAUAAAAUUGAAAAAUCUUUGCUGGAAUUCAGAUACAUUACAAGAUUGGACUUGUUGAUUAUCAGUUUUUUGAGACCAAAACAAGUGGGCUCUGGUCAUGGAUCACCAUUCUUCUUUGAAUAGAAGUUUUUUAAAAAAGGAUGGUGAAUUUGAAACAAAGCUCUUUCACUGUCUGAAACAACUGAAUUUCUCUGUCAGCAGUGACAAAGGUCUAUCAACCUUGAGGUUUCAGAUUGUGCUAAUGUUUAAUUAACAGUGCUGUCAUGGAAUGGAAAAUCAGCUGGGGAUCUUCAAAUGGAUAAGGUGAUUUAACAAAUUGUAAAAUGCCAGGUUUUUACUCAAAUGCCAAUAAUGGGCCAGGUGAUGCUUUCGAAACAACCACUGUGUCCAAAGCUGUACUAAUUUUUUCAAAGAUGUGCACCUUCUUUCAACUAGUAUGUAAAGUUGCCCCAUGAGUUUUUUGUCCCAAAUGCUAUUGCAUUUGAGACUUUUCAGGUGAAUAUGAAAUUUUGUAUUUGUGUUCACAUCUGCUUGUGCAUUUGAUGACUAAGGUGCAACUUUGAACCCCCAGUAAUUGCUGCCAAUUCACUUUAAAGAGGGAUAAUCGGAUUUUGGAGUUUCUAUUCUUGUGAUUUCGUUUCAUGUGACUUUUUAAAAGGUUCACAUGGGGAAAGGUGAAAAAUAUCAAAUGAGAAGAUGCAAUUAUAAACUCUUCCACCUACUUAAACAUUUAAGAGUUGGUUAUCUAUUUAAAAGUAUUGUUAAUUGAAUGCAAUUGUUAGCUUAUGAAAUUACAAAGUGUUCAAAUAAUUUCUAAGUAUAAUUUAGAAAGUGUAUUCUGAAAUUAAGCUGUUAUGAAAGCUGUUAAAUACAAAGUGAGGUUUUGGAUAGUUGCAAAGAGCAAAAUCAUCUGUUUCCAAGUGAAAAUCUGCAGGUUAUAAUCACUUUUCAGUAAACUUGUUUUAUUGUAGUUCUAUGUUGAGGGGAAUAGUAGUUUCUAAUUUAUCUGUAUUUUAAGAAACUGGGGAAGAGCAUUGAUUAGGUUGAUUUGUAGUAAUCCAUGUAUUUGAAUUAAUACAAACUAUUGUCUGUUUCAAUCACCACCUAAUUAAAACUUGCCUGAGCACUG